UAUACUGUUUCAUCUCAGGUUCCUUUUGGUAGCAGCUGCAUAAUCUCAUGGAUUCCCUGGGAGAUGGGAACCACACUGCAGUGACAGAGUUCAUUUUACUGGGCUUAACAAAUGACCCAGUCCUUCGAAUCAUCCUCUUCAUGAUCAUCCUAUGUAUCUACCUGGUGACCAUAUCUGGCAAUCUCAGCACAAUCAUUCUUAUCAGAAUCUCUUCUCAGCUCCACCAUCCCAUGUACUUUUUCCUGAGCCACUUGGCCUUUGCUGACAUGGGCUAUUCAUCUUCUGUUACACCCAAUAUGCUUGUAAACUUCCUGGUGGAGACAAAUACCAUCUCCUAUCAUGGAUGUGCCAUGCAGCUUGGUUCAGCUGGUAUCUUUGGGACAGCUGAGUGCUUCAUUCUGGCUGCCAUGGCAUAUGAUCGCUUCGUGGCAAUCUGCAACCCACUGCUUUAUUCCACCAAAAUGUCCACACAAGUCUGUGUUCAGUUACUUACAGUGGCUUAUAUUGGUGGUUUUCUCAAUGCUUCCUCCUUUACUAUUUCCUUCUAUUUUUUACUCUUCUUGAUCCAUUGA